AUGGCUCCCAUCAAGUUGAAAAUCAAGGGCAACCGAUCGUUUUUGCCAUUCUCUCACCUCGACUCUGAAGAUGAGCUUUCCAAGACGUGGCGAGUGUGCACCAAAGUCAAGGAUUCCCUGGAAGACGGCUCUCGUCUGGAAAACCUGUCUUGGCGCUUAUGGUUUGUUCACAGUGUGGUAGUGGAUGAAGCCAAGGCCCAUUCGGCCUUUAAAAAAAUGUCGACCAUCACUACACGCAAACUGGAACGAGAAAUCAGCACCAAAUUACAGAAAGCCGGUAAAAAGGUCAAGCAACCCACUGAAGCCGUGAAAACCAAGUCAUCGACAACUUGGAAACCAUCGACAAGGACGGAAUCCGCGAAAACGGUGAAAACGGUCUCGACAAUGUCCACAACCAAGCAACCUUGCAAGACCGACAAACAUCAAUCCGCUUCAAACUCAUACACUCGUUACCGGCGUAUGCUCUGCCAUCAUCAUCAGCGGCAAAAAGAAAAGUGCCAACUCCACCAACAACAAGCACUUCAAAAGAACUUUAUCAAUACCAAAAUUGACCGCCUGGAAAAUACCCGAGUAGUGCCACCAUCUCACUCUGGAGGCUCGCACGUGCCCAAUUAUGCUUCAUUGCAAUCUUCGGUGCUGAAUCCUCUGGACAAUUUCAUGGAACCGUUUACCCACUUAUCCGUGCCUGACAAACCCAUGCUUUUGGAUGGUGCAUCCAUGAUUGACAAUAUCAUUCAAGAAGCAUGGAAAAACUAUUCUCCAACACAUUCAGGGGUUCUCGGUGACAAAGGAGGCACAGACAUGGAAGCUUCAGCUAUUGGGAAUCUGAAUGCGCUAAAAGAAGAUUCGGCCUCGUUUGAUGUGGACGUUACGCUGACGGAACCCUCUCUCCUCCCUUUACAAUGCUAUCAGUCAUCGUCAUUUUAUCCCACAAAUGAUACCGUAUCCAUGAUGGACCCAACCUUGAACACUUCGGCCUACACUAUGCCAACCACAGUAACUCGGCAUUUAUACGAAUCAACCGGUUACGAUACCACAACAGCCAUACGCAAUAAUACCUCAAUGCAUGACGCCAACAUGGCCACCGCACAAGUUGAAACUAGCUUUUAUGCCUCGCCGCCUUUGUCUUCUGACAAUGAACAGCAUCAACAUCUGCAACAGCAGUCGCAGUCGCAGUCGACGAUGAUGCAUACAUUGUCGGCUACAGGAUCACCUCAAAUGGCGCCAUCUGGAAUCCCAUCAUUGGCGGGACCUGAAUCCGUACGGGACACAGGGACGAGAACUUCUCCUGGUACGGAAUCGACGGACUAUGAAACCGAGUCUCCGAUCUGCAGCAACUGUAAAACGACGCACACACCUCUGUGGCGACGUUCAUCCACGGACCAUCUUCUCUGCAAUGCUUGUGGUUUAUAUUGGAGAUUACAUCAAGCUCCUCGUCCCUACCAUCUAAAAGUACCUUUGGUACGAAAAACAAAGAAAGAUGGCGAAACCACUUCGGUCCCAGAAUAUGUGUGCUCCAAUUGCAGUGCCACCACCACCCCGCUUUGGCGUCGCGAUCGUGAUGGUUCACCCCUGUGCAAUGCGUGUGGCCUUUACUUGAAACUGCAUCACGAAAAACGGCCCAUCUCGAUGAGAUCCGAUAUUAUACGAAAACGUAGACGCUUUGAUAAUACCAAUACCGUGACACACCCAGGCAAAAAAAUUACAGUAUAG